AUGACCCACUACCUCACAGAGCCGACCUUUAGGAAGGGAUUGAACAACUAUCUAAAAGCACUCACAUACAAUAGUUCUGUGCAAGACGACCUGUGGAAGCAUCUGACUCUGGCGGCUCACGAGGACGGCAUUCUGCCCCAGGAGGUGACUGUGAAGAUGAUCAUGGACACGUGGACGCUGCAGAUGGGAUACCCCGUCGUGAAGGUGACAAGGAGCCCCGACGGAACCUCUGCUACUUUGACACAGGAGCGGUUCCUCUUAGAAGGGAGCGCAAACUCUUCCAGCACCACGGAUUACAAGUGGUGGGUGCCUCUGACCUUCACGACCCAGAACGAGGCCAACUUCAGCCAGACUCAAGCCAGACCAGUGGGUCAUCUUCAACCUGCAGCAGGCGGCCUACUACCGAGUCAACUACGACGACCACAACUGGAAUCUUAUUAUCCACAGCUGAAGAAGGACCACCAGGUUAUUUGCCCCAUCAACAGAGGGCAGAUUGUCGAUGAUGCCAUGAACCUUGCUAGGGCUGGUCAUCUCAGGUACAAGCUCGCCCUGGACGUUUUACUGUAUCUGCGAAAUGAAGGAGAAUAUCUGCCUUGGGCUACAGGCGCCAGGAAAUUCGUUUACAUAGAGAGUAUGUUCAGACGCAGAAGUGGAUUCGGCGCUCUCAAGCGUUACCUCCUGGAUUUGGUGUUGCCGCUCUACGAGUCCGUUGGGUUCGACAACAACAUCGAGGACUCUUUCUUGGAGCAAAAAAAGAGGAAAAUAGCCGUGAAAUGGGCUUGCAGACUGGGCCACAAGGACUGCCUCAACAAAGCGCUCACUCUCUACAGGCACUGGAUGUCACAGCCGGACAAUUCGAGCAUCAUUUCGCCAAACCUUAAACCUGUGGUGUAUUGUCGCGCCAUCGCCGAGGGCGGGGAGGCCGAGUGGGACUUCGCGUGGGACCAGUACGUUACUUCCAGCGUCGCUACCGAGAAAAAGCUUCUUCUCAGAUCUAUGUCCUGCUCGAAGCAGACUUGGAUCCUAUCUAGAUACCUCGAGAUGGCUAUGAACAGGAGCAGUGGCAUAAGACUGCAAGAUGUUAUUUAUGUGUUAAGAAGUUUGAGUAACAAUGACGUGGGACGCUCCAUGCUGUGGGACUACCUCACACAUAACUGGAACAAUAUUUAUACAUACAAGAAGAGUCGGAGAGGUGACGUCAUGAAAAGGGUAACACAAGCAUUUAAUACGAAACAGGAACUGAAAAGGGUCCAGUCGUUUUUGAGGAGGAGGACGGUGAACUUGGAGGGGAACCAGAGGAGCGUCCAGCAGGCAGAAGAGAAGGUCAAGAACAACGUCGCCUGGAUGGACACAAAGUAUGACGUCAUAGUCCAGUGGCUGGAGGAGAACGGCUACUCCUCGAAACUACGGGUCGUUUAAUUCCAUAUAUAUAUAUA